AUGGAGGUCGCCGACCAAUUCUUCAACGAGAAAAGGGUUCAAAAUGACAAUGGAGCUCGCAGCUACGGGUGGUUCAUGUCACAGAUUGACUGCCUCUUCUGUUCCGACAUAUUCAAAUCGAAGCAAGCGCUGCAUCAUAUCUUGACAUACUAUGAGCAGGCCGAUGCCGAACUUCGCUUUGGCUUGGACAUUUUUCUACAAAGCAACUGGGCUCGCAAGUCUGCUCUCGCUCAUUGGAAACUUUUUCCCGACUUCGAUCAAGUUGUGGACAGCCAGGAAUGCCUGCAAAGCGAGCAUGCACAUCCAGAUGUUGCUUCGUGUUGCGUCCAUGAGUCUCCGCGUGCCUUUCACUUUCUGGUCCGACAAGGCAUUAUUCGAUCAUGCUACUACAGCCGCUUUGGGCACAGCCUCUUCCUUCUUGCCUUUCAGAAAAACGCUCUCGAAACGAUUGGCUACAUGAUUUGCACGAUGAGUCCGCUACAUCUUCUUGCUCCUGCAUCGGUGGCAGAGAUGUGGGAUGGGAGGUCAAUUCUUCAACUAGCGGCGACGAACUCGGUUGUGUUUGGUAUCUGUUGGGAAAAGGUUGACCAAAUGCCGUUGGAUCUGGGAGAGAUUCUCCAGGAAAGAGAAAUCCGCAGCAUUUGCCGAUUUGCAAGCAUGGGCCUAGCCUCUCGUUUGUAUCAUAGAGGUAUAGAUCUUGCUGAUGUGGUGAAGAAAGAUUCUUCUCUUUGGCUUGAGAUGAUUCGCUAUCAUUUGGAACCAACAGGCUUUUGA